ACUUAUAUGCUCGCUACCUUCACGCACCCGUUUGAAGCCCGUCAUGAGGAGAUUCAACUUCACCGCCAGGACGACUUGGUCUCGCCUGCGACUGGACCGCAAGAAGGCUCUCAAGGCGGCAUCGCUCAAUCAGUCCAUUCCAAUUUCACCGCUGAUACCUGUGGUGAAGAAUAUCAUCGAGGCUGCGCAGUGUGCGGUACAAAAUGAAGAGGACUGUCUGCGCCUGACAGAACGUAGCGUAGACUUGCUGUCGGCAAUCAUCAAUGAGACCGCUGGAAUGCACGAAAGAACAACGGCCAAGAUGAAAAGUAACCUUGACGUCUUGCUCAAGACCCUAACAGAAGUAAUGGAAUUCGUUCAACAACAGCAAAAACGGUCGUUCGGGAGGCGGUUCAUCAGUUCCAAAAGUGACGAGAGUCAAAUCGUGGAUCUCCACUCGCGAAUCGAUAAUGCUCUGACUACUUUUGGUCUGAAAGCUCAUAUAGCCGUUCAAGCGAAGCUGGACGAAAUAUGUCGUAUGCUUGAACAGCAGCCCUCAAUACCUUUUUCUAGUACCAGGUUACCCGCUCGUCCUUCCAUCUUCUUUGGGCGCGAUGAAACUCGCGAACAUCUCGUAAAGAUGCUCAUUGGCGAAGAGUCGGCGCGCAUCGCGAUCCUGGGACCAGGUGGCAUUGGCAAGACCUCUUUGAUACUGAUUGCAAUGCACAGUGAUCCUGUAGAGGAGACCUUCGGGAUGCGCCGGUUCUUCUUCAGAUGCGAUGCUGCUUCAACUCCUCAGGGUCUACUGUCUGCUAUAGCUUCUGAACUUCGCAUUUCUGGAGAAGAUCUGCUCUCCAAGGUCAUCGCCUACUUCUCUUCCAUUGUCGGUCCGACACUCAUCGUCCUGGAUAACUUCGAGACUUCUUGGGAGCCCUUUGAGACUAGGCAACAAGUCGAAGAUAUACUGAAUCGACUUGCAUCAAUUCGUUCUCUCGUAUUGGUCAUCACUCUGCGUGGAUCCGAACGUCCUCUUGGUCCAGUUAACCUUCUUGCUAUCUCGGACGCUUCCCACGACGAUCCCACAGUGGGAGCCUUGCUGCGCCACCUCGAUAACGUCCCCCUCGCCAUAGCGCUCAUGGCCAAUCUUGCUCAGUACGAGUCCACCACGAGCCUUCUGGACCGGUGGGACGCAGAGCACACGAGCAUGCUAACCCGUGGAGUCAAAGAUCGCCUCUCCAACCUCGAGAUCUCGAUCAAGUUGUCCUUGGACAGCCCUCGUAUGCUCAGUGAACCCGACGCACGGGAGCUGCUCAGCCUAUUGGCUUAUUUGCCGGAUGGCGUAUCGGAUGCGAAACAUCUCGGGGACAUUGCCCCUGCUCUAUCCCAUCCCAUGCGAUCCGCUGCCACGUUGAAGCAAGUGUCGCUCGCAUACAGCGACGAUACUCGGUACCUAGCAGUUCUCGCCCCAAUCCGCAUGUACAUCAGAGAACACCAUCCGCCCAAUCGAGACAACCUCGCUGCGAUGCGGCAGUACUACGAGAGCCUUGCGGAUACUGCUGCUGGCAUAGAAGGCGGGGAGAACGGCAGGGCUGUUCUGCAAUUGCUCAUCCCUCAGAUCGGGAAUAUCCAGGCCAUCAUCGACGACAGCCUCGAUCAUGAAUCGACGCCUGGUGGCCCGGAAACAGUGAAACUCGUACAGGCAGCCAUUGACCUGACAGAUCUGUUCCGAUACACCGGGCUCGGUUCGUUGUCCUCGCUGGUCAAGGCUGCGGCGGUAUGCGCAAAACGUGGCGAGACCCUCCUGUGGGCAGAGUGCACCCGCCAUCAAGGAGAGCUGCUAUAUAGCAGAUCCCAGCGGGACGAUGCUACAGAGGCAUUCCACAAGGCACUUCGAGUCUAUCAGCAGCAGAGCCAUCUUUCGGGACAAGGGAGGUGCACGAUGAUGCUAGGCAUGCUCGGAAGCCAGGCAGGUGACUAUAAGACUUCGGCGGGGCAUAUCGAAGCCGCCUUAGAUGCACUAGGCGAGGCGGAUUGUCUUCUACGCCUUUCUCAAUCAGCUGCGUGGAAUCGGGACUACGAUGUGGCUGAGCCCAUGCAUCGACAUUACCGUGGCCGAGCUCGAUGCGAAUGGCUCAUCGGAUUCCUUCUCUACGACAGCCAUGCUGACUAUGACGACGCACGCCGCUUCCUACUCACGGCGGCGGAGAAGUACCAUAAGUGGACGAUGCGACGGCGAGGCAAAUUCGCUUCGAUCCUUGGCCGCUUGUCGUCGGUGCAGUAUGAGGUGAAAUGGAGAUACGGACAAGCGGAUUGUCUCCAGGCUCUCGGCGAACUUCAGCUCGCAGUGGAGACAUCACGAUGCCGGAGCAGAUUCAUCGCUUCCCGCGACCUCUACCAGGAGCUUAACCAAAAGGAGGCAGAUUUUCUGUGCCCCGCGCUCGGCGAUAUUGCACUUACCUCCGAGGCCGAUGUGGCGCGCGUCGAAUGCUGCCUUGCUCCCAGGGAUCUCUUCGCGAAGGCUCUGUCGCGGUUGGUUAGUCAGAAGAACAUGGCCGCAGAGAAGGGAUGGUGCAUGGAGGGGCUUGGCGACGUCAAUAUGGCGUCGGCCUUUGUAGAGGCAAAGGGAUUGUUCACGGAGGCCGUCAGGCUCUUUAAUGCAGCGCAUGAUUCUGAAGGCGCAGAAGCCUGUCGCCAACAGAUGAAAUCAUUGGAAGGCAGCGAGACGGGCUAAUGGUUGUAGUCCACUGGUUGCCAUUAUGUGAGGUCGAAGGGAAUACGCCGUCUGCGUCUGCCAGUGUUCGACGCAUUUCGUAUUAUAUAUAGCAGAGUAACGCCAGCGAGUGCAGAAAUUCUUCAAAAGAGGAACAACUAUGUAGCACAGUGGCGAUGUGUUGCACGAAGUCCAUUCCGCUCACAAGCCAGCGAGUGUCUUCAGACGGUCGAAGUCUGGCGUGCCCAACCCAGUGACCUGGUCCCAACCAACGGCCGCGUCAAACCAGUCGUGUAGUUCGAGCACGCGUAGUUGUUGC